AUGAAGUUUGACCCUUCCUCCCAGACGCUUCCCACACGUUCUGAGCUGCCUAGCAUAGACGGAGCUCCCGACGGUGCAGCUUGGUUCUGGGGUCCAGAUGAUGAGCUCGGACGUCUUAACCUGCUUACAUCGGAGCGCACUGCAUCCGCCGCGAAGUUGAUAAAGACCGGGGAGAUAGUAAACCUCAAUUGGCCUGUGGAAUUUCCAAACCCUCCAGCCUUUGGUAGACAGGGGUUUAAACAUACCAUCUCGCCAAUCGGCCCGUCUGGUUUUGACGACUUAUACGACAUGAACACGCAAAGUGGAUCGCAGUGGGACGGUUUUCGGCAUGUCGGACUGCCGCAUAAGGGUGAUAUCAUCUUUUACAAUGGACUAACCAAGGACGAUAUCUAUAAGGCGGAAAUUGGCGGAAUGCAGGCAUGGGCCGAUCAUGGCAUAGCCGGCCGUGGCGUGCUUAUCGACUAUUGGGACUACGCUGGCAAAAGCUACGAUCCAGUCACUACGCACCGUAUCGCAUUGAGUGAUAUUCAUGCCUGUGCAAAGAACCAAGGAAUCGAGUUCCAGUAUGGUGAUAUCCUCAUAAUUCGCUCAGGUUUUGUCGAGAACUAUGCUCGCCUGGACGAGGCGCAACGAGCACACUUGGGUACUCUAAAAAUCCCAGAACAUGCAUUUGUCGGGGUUGAGCAAACUGAAGACAUGCUUGACUUUUUACACGACAAUUACUUCAGUGCCGUGGUGGGCGAUGCCCCGGCUUUCGAGGCCUGGCCCCGGCAAUCGAUAAACCUCCAUCAGUAUCUCCUGACACGCUGGGGCGUUCCCAUUGGCGAAAUGUGGGAUCUAGACCAGUUGGCUGAGACGUGCAAACGCAAGAAGCAAUAUACUUUCUUUCUAGCGAGCGUGCCAACUAAUGUGCGCGGAGGUGUAGGAAGCCAUCCCAACGCUAUCGCGAUAUUUUAG